CGCAGUUUGAUAUCUGUAAGAACUUAUAUAAGCAUCUAGGCCUUUUCAAAACUCCGAAUAACAUACACAAAACAGUUUGGUACAAUGCAUCUGCAUUUCUGCUCCGCCACAAAAUACAGAAUAAUACUACUAAUAGUACCAGUAGAUUCGGUUCAAUGGCACAUUUGUCUUCGCUUGAUAUUGCAGAUGUUUGAGGUCUUCCCUUACGCCAUUGCCGCGUUUGAGGCGGAUGACGAUGGAGAUUUGGACUGUGGGAUGGUGGUGCGGCAAGAUGUCGAUCAGAACCGUAAGACUGCUGUCUACGUGCUCGUGCUGCCAUCCUUGAAUGGACGUCAAGCAGAGAACCAAACCAUGUAUAUAAAGGAAGGACCAACAACUGACAGACUUGUCUUCACAACGGAUGACGGUGCCGAUGGCGGGGGAAUUUUGAAUUACAUAUAUACCAACAACAAGAAUUGCGCCGUGGUGGACUUUCCGUUCAAGAAGAGACAAAGUAAGAAUCUGUAUUCAACUAGGCCAAGUGGUACAUACUGUUCAUUGCUUAACAGGGAGCACAUAGAAGGGGCAUCCCAUAUUACACAAUUUCGUUACAAUCACAUGAAGCCAACAACCUAUGAGCUGAACGAGAGGAUGGGAUGUACUAAUUGUUCUUAUUGAUUUGUUGAGUUAGUUACGGGUGAUAAUUAAAUACUGCGAUGGACUUCGUAUUCCUAACAAUGAAAAAAGGUCGCAGUUUUGACCUAGAGACGAAGCAUUCAUUGCGAGAGCGAAU